GUGAUCAGAGAGAGAAAGAGAGAGAGAGAGAAAUGAAGAGAGCCCUCUAGAGCUAGCGCCCAUCAUUCAGCCCAAGACAAAAAGAGAGUGAUCAUCACCCGUGUCCUUGCAGAGAAAUAGAGAAAAGAGGAUGACCAUUACAUGGAGGACAGGUGUCAUGCUGAUGCUGAUGUUUUUUUCUUCUGCAGAGGCUUCAUUGAAUGAACCGGUCAUCUGCUACAUACUGGACGGAGUCCUGAUUCUCUACUCCAUCAUCACCACCGUUCUAUUCUUCAAAGUGAAGUGGGGCAAGUCUGUAACUGCACCUGUGGAGGACUCCACAUAUGCAGAACUCCUGACGGGUACUAUUGCUGACGACUAUGAGGAUCUAAGGACUGACCAGACUGCAGCUACUAGACGGAAGCGCAGACAGGAAGCUAGUAGCGACACAUACCAGGCUCUCCAGAUAAAAGAUGAUGGGAGUGAGGCCUACCAGGUGAUCGAGUCCAAGGGGAGGACUCGCAAGAAGGACAAGAAAGCCAAGGUCCCCCCGCCUCUCAGUGCAAACACCCAGACUCAGACCCAGCCCUCCGCCCUGCCACCACCUCCAAACUGAUCUGACCCAGUCAGCCCUCGGCACGGAGGCAGCUGUUUACUCCAUUGGCAGAUCUCCCCUGCACUGAUCCCAGUCAGCCCUCGGCACAGAGGCAGCUGUUUACUCCAUUGGCAGAUCUCCCCUGCACUGAUCCCCCAGUCAGCUUAUAUCUCUGAAGAUAACAGCAUAGAAGGUUAUCUGCUUUCUAGCUAUAGCAGUGUUCUACUCCUGAGCUCAACUCCCUGCUCUGUUAUUGCAUGUUACAAAUCAGCAGAAACGUGUGCAUGUCUUAUCUAUGUGUAUUAUCAUGUCAUUUGUUAAGUUUAUCGACUGCUUUCUGUGCCCUUUAUGGCUGUAUGUGGUAAUGUUGAUAUUUUCAACAUGAUAAAAGACACAGUACACGUUCCAAUGUUAAAACACUUGGAAAAUGGUUUAAUGAUGUUUACAACUAAAGAGAACUGUACAGUUACAGUAAAAUAUUGUUUAUAUAUAUAUAUAUAUAUAAACAAAUAAAAUACAGCAGACAAAUGCAUCAAAUCUACCAUGUGUCCUGAUUCACAUACUUUAAAAUGUUCUACACAAUCUUUGAGUUCUAUAUGCCACCACCCGCCAUGUCUGGAGGGGGGCGUUUCGUAGUCGGAUCGGAGGCAUGUGUCCAUAGUGAGCAGUGUUCUAGUCCAAACUGGAACGGUAGAACCGCGCGUCACAACGACAGCGUGGCUCCCAGAGUUCUAGAGUGACAAGACGGAGAUUAUUCAGAGGAAAGACUACAGUCUGGGACGAUACAGUGGACACAUUCCUUUAGUUUAGCCCAAACUUAUUUUACAGAAUGCAUUUCUCAAAAAUCCACAAACAGUAGUAAUAUGUACAGGUUUACCUUAUUUAGUUUUUUAUAUAUUUUUUUAAACCAUGGUCACUUGGGCCGUGUUGACUGAUAUGAUCACACACAUAAUUUGACACACCCAAAACAUACAAAAAUACUAUAUCUUUAACCUACCAAGUGUAAGACAGUUCUGCAAUUAGUUCCAUGCUGUGACAGAAAAAGAGCGAUACACCAAACAAACGAGAAGUUUUUCAUUUAGGUUUCUCAGAAAUAUACCAAAAUAUACAUCUAUGCUUUGGAAUUACUGAGGCUAGAACUAAAGCCAGUGCUGGGGUUGUCUCUUAAUACACAAGCUGCAGGGUGAGAGGAAGGGAGAGAGAGCGAGUGACAGGACAGAGAGUUAUCUUUGGUAUCUGCGUUUGUAAAACAUUAAAUAUUUGGAUAUUUUUGCAUUGGGAUAAUGCUUGUGAGAUCCUACAACUCCCCACUUGGAAUAAAGCAUCAAACAAAGCUUCCCUGGGACCCCAUUGGCCAAAGAGUUUAGCCAAUCGGACACAGGCCAUGCAGAGUGAAGGACCAUGAUGCAUAGUGUCAAAGCUGAACAGAGAGAAUCGAGAAACAUAAUAAGAAAUGAGGGAGGGAAUGUAAGAAAGAAAACGGUGAUGAGACAGAGAGACAGAAACAGUACCCUAGAACCAGAGAAUGUGUAUCUUAGAGACAAUGUGUCCUGGCAACUACAAUGCACUGACUGUACCCAAGAGGCAGAAACAGUGUAUUUUCGUGACAGUCUUUGAACAUGUGUGUCCUAGCAACAGUUCUUCAGACAGACAGAUAGAGACAGUGAGUCCUGAGCAUAAACAGUGUGCACAGGAUCAACCCUCAGUGUGUAUUAACAAACAUCACCCAGCCACCACGGGAUUGGUUAAUUGACCUGUCCAUCAGAGAAGCCCACUUUGCCCCUCCACACUCAACCUAUCCCCAUCCACAGGCACUGCUACAGGUACCAGUUGUGUCCACGGUGCACACACAGCUCUGCCAUAUAGGUGUAUUGACUUUACAGGUGUGCACAGCUGAAUGUGUGUAUCAUGGGAUAGUGAGGCAGAGAGGGGUGAGAGAUGGUGUAGUCCAUAUACAAUCACUUAGAAGUCUUUGGUUAAUGUUCCCACAGGAAAGAAAGAGAGCACACCAGGUGAACAGACACACACACACCAACAUCUACAUUCAGAAUCUAAAUUAGAAUAAAAUAGGGCAGGAUUGUCAAAUCAUAGAAAACAGAAUGGAGGGGUAAAUCAAGUACAUACUAGUGGUAAAUAUUUCAGAGGUAAAACCAAAGAAAAAUGUGGAUAAUACUUUCAGCCUUAUGAGACAAUUGGAGGUUGAGGUCUGAGAGGCCAGUGUGUUUAGGGAGACCGAUGGUUAUGCUCUUGUAAAAAAAUAUGAUAAAAAAAUAAGCAGACAUUCUGGUACUGGUGCGUGUCUCCCCCCGGUGGCUGCAACUGACACUGGACACUAAAAACGGACAUCUGUAGGCUUCUCUGACAGGACCUUGAUGUUUAUGUUUAUGUUUUUUUAUAAUAUUCAGCUUUACAUGUUUUUAUUUCUAAAGUAGAUUAAAGCAGGUUUCACUUAGUCUUGAGUUAAAAAUGAGGUAUACAACAGCUCCCUUAACCCAGCUAGUUACCCCAGACUUACUGGUGCCGUUCUGCACUUUCCCUUUACACCCACCACACAGGGGGGUAGACCACAUGCAUCAACACAGAUCCACUUCUAGAGAGAGAACCAGAGAGAGAUACACAACUUCACAAGUCUUAUACUCAGAGGAAACACCUAUUCAAUAUUAUCAUCCCCUUCUUCCCUUGAAUGAUUUUAUCAUAAUCUCAUCUUUCUCUGUAAACUGAAAACGCACCAUCAUGGUCUGCAGUCAGCACUCCCUUCUCUCAAUCACACACACACACACACACACACACGCACGUGCGCGCACACACACACACACACACACACACACACACCUCUGCUGGAGUUCAGUUAUUAGUAAAGCUUUUCUAUAGGUAUUCCGACCUGUAUGAGUCACCCCUAAAAUCAUAGGUUGCAACAUAACCACGACAGAACAGCACUCUCCCAAAUGAUGCCUAAAAUACACUGUAGAUUUUCAGCAAAGACCUAUGCACUGAGUGAGCUAGCUAAACACAAAAGCUAGUGAGGAGGUAGCCUCUCUCACUAGAUUACUCUCAUACACUGUCGCACAAACAACAAUAUGCUACAAUGCUUGUCUUCUAAAUAACAAUAAGGCAUAAAUGUCAAUGUUAAUCUUUUGUCAAACCUAGAAAGACAGUGAUCUUGCCCUCUCAUGCUAUACAAAACAAUUAAAGGCAUAAGUAAUAAAAAAAAACAUUCAAAUGAUUGUUAAAAACAGCACAUCAAAUCAAAUCCAUAGUAAACCAAACAACCAGACAAAAAAAAUGUAAGAUUAAGAUCAGGCGCAUCAGUCUGUUUGUUCCCCUAGCAACUGCACAAGCAGGGACUGUCCGAUUGAAGCACCACAGCAAGCCUCUCUCACUCAAGAGACCACACCCACACAUGUAAUGGGCACAGGUGUCCGCAAAUCACGCACCAAGGGGGUGCGGUCAAAGUUUUUGGUCUUGACAUUAAUAAAAACGUUUUUUUUAAAAGUUUUUUUUUGUAUAAGCAUGACAAAACAUUACAUUCAGUCUUGAUAACAUACUAGUUCAAAUAUAAAAUAUGAAUAUCUUACAUAAGUUGUAUAUAUAUAUAUUUAUCUCUAAUCCUUUAGUCGUUCCUCAGAUAAAUAUUUCAGUAACUUCCCAUGUUGCCGAUGGCCAAUGGUUCACGACUACAAACAGCAACUACAAGUCCCAUUCGGCCUGCCAUGACCUCAAGGACAGAAAACCAGUGAAGUGAGCAGCAUCGAGACAUCAACCCAGCCGCAGAGAGAAAGGCUUUCACUUUGCUUUGGCAAGGAUCACAAAAUAAUGUCAAACCUGUUCAAACCUGGAAAUACCCCAUAAGUAGUAGUACUAGAAAAUAGCAGUAGUAGUUUGUCCUAGUUUUAGAUAACGAUUACUCUUUUGUUUAUUUUUAAAUGGCAAAGCCAUUCGGUACUUGUACCAGUGGAGGCUGGUGGGAGGAGCUAUAGGAGGACGGCCUCAUUGUAAUGGCUGGAAUGGAUUCGAUGGAACGGAGUCAAACACGCCGUUUCCAUAUUAUUUAUAUGUUUGAUACCGUUCCAUUGAUUCCAUUCCAGACAGUACAAUGAACCCAUCCUCCUAUAGCUCCCCCCACCAGCCUCCACUGACUUGUACAUUCUACAAUAUUCUACGGGUGUGAGAUUUCUUAAAGUGAACCUAAUGUUUAAGUGAUGCUGAGGUAUUCCGUCAAAGUAAUUCACGAUUAGAAAAGGAGCACAUACAAAUGUAUUAGCGUAGAGAGAUGUCUCUGCUUUUUCAAACUAGGCAGUCAUUCAUCUGGUUACGUUAGGGCCGAUAGAAGAACACUAUUGUUGUGUGGGGUUGUUGUUUACGAAAGGGGCAGCUCGGUAAGGGCGGCACAGGGCUAACAUCUUUACUGGUGCUGACAGGGGAUGAGCCCCCAUAGUAAAGUUAGUUGGGCGAUGAGAGGAAGGAGAGAGGGCUUCAACCACGUGACCUGAGAGCUGCUAACAGGAUGUGGUUAGAAAGCUAGAAGAAGAAAACGUGCAGGUCCUUGUUCCUUAGAAGUGGGUUAGAGGCGGGGGUUGCCAAAAGGAUUCAAAUAGGUGGGUAUAAGAGAAGAAAACUUGUCAGUAGUAAUGUGUAGGUUAGUGAUCGUG